ACGCAAUAGAAUAGAAUCUAUGCCUAGAUCUAGAACUAGACUAUAUAGAUCUCUAUAUCUAUUUAGAUUCUAGAUUUAUAUACUAAUAUAGAUUAUAUUUAAUAUAGGUCUGGUUUUAAAAAACUAUUAUAGAUCUAUUAUCAUCUAGUAACUAGUACUGUAGAUUAGACAGUAGAUGUAUCAUUUGGGAUAAUUUAGAAUUUUGUCUAGAUCUAUAUUUAGUCAAAAUUUUAAAGUAUAAAAAAAAUGGAUGACAACUUGCGUCAGCGAUAUGCACCUAUCAGUGGAUCCGAUGUGGACUCAAGAAAUACACUUGACCAUCAAGAACAACCAAGCAACAGUGCUGAACAGCCAGAUGUCGUUUACAAUGCUACUGCUAACAGACAGGAUCGACAAACAGCGCGUCCACGGGCAGCAGUGGCUUACAUUAUUAUAGUUGCCUUUUACGUGCUUAUUGUGAUUUUUGUACAUCGAAGGAUGAAUUCUUACCCAACUCCCAAGAAUAAGGAUAACUCUUGCACUUUUCAAUUUAGAGAAGAGAAUGCACGAAAACAUCUUGACAUUCUUACAGGCUUUGGUCCUCGGGUUGUAGGAAGUAAAGCGAAUGAAAAAGCUAAACACUAUAUUUUAGAUUCAGUGAACUCAAUUAUAGCUGAACAAAUCAAUAAUAUCAGUAUUGAUAUUGAUCUUCAGACAGCUAAUGGCAGUUUUAUAUUAGACUUUGUUAACAAUGGAGUUGGUCAUUUUAGUAGUGUUUACCAAAAUUUGGAAAAUAUUGUGGUCAAGGUAUCACAGUACCAGGAGGCUGAAAGCAGUGUUCUGGUUAAUUGCCAUUAUGAUACAGUAGUUGAUAGUCCAGGAGCUGGGGAUGAUGCUGCUAGUUGUUGUGUCAUGUUGGAAAUAUUGAGAGUGCUUUCUCAGACACAUCAGACAGACUUACAUCUAAUGCACAAUGUUAUAUUUUUGUUUAAUAGUGCUGAAGAGAAUAUACUGCAGACUAGCCAUGCUUUUAUAACCCAACAUAAAUGGGCACCUAGUAUUAAAGCUUUUGUGAAUUUAGACUCAGCUGGAGCUGGAGGAUGGGAGCUAGUAUUUCAGACUGGUCCAGAACAUCCUUGGCUGGUCAAAGCUUAUAUUGAAGCUGCUCCAUAUCCACAUGCCACUGUUGUUGGCCAAGAAAUCUUUCAGACAGGGCUUAUACCUUCCGAUACAGAUUUUCGUAUUUUUCGUGAUUAUGGAGCUAUUCCAGGUCUAGAUAUCGCACAUAUAAAGAAUGGAUAUGUUUACCACACCAAAAAUGAUCUACCUCGGUACAUUCCUGCUGGGUGUAUGCAAAGGGGAGGUGAAAAUAUUUUAGCCACAUUGAAGCAUUUAGCAUCCAGCUCUAAGCUGACCAACCCUGGGGAAGACAAGCACGGGUCACUAGUGUUUUUUGAUUUUCUAGGAUUCUUCAUGGUGUCCUAUCCAUAUAGAAUGUCUAUCAUUUUGAAUUGCACCACAUUUCUCUAUGUAGUGGUUGCAUAUCUCAAACAUUUCUUCAAGGAUAGAACUGAUUACUCCAACAAGUUGAAGCAGUUAUCUGUGACUGUCAUAGCCAUGUUAGGUACAUGGCUGAUCAUUGUGUUAGCCCCAUUAGCCAUAGCCUGCUUCCUUAGUGCAAUCGGUCGCAGCCUAAGUUAUUAUACAUAUAACCUCAAUGUUGUUUGGAUUUUCAUGUUGCCUUCAGUCACUGCCGCUCUUGCCUUUCACUUGGUUUUAAAAAGAACAGUAUUCAAAAACAUUGAUGCUCAAACAGUGGUGGUUCUGCUGCGAGAUGUCAACUUAUUACUGUGGUCUUUCAUACUUGCUCUAAUGACAGCUAAAGGUUUGAUGUCCUCCUAUCUGCCACUGCUGUUCAUCCUGUGUCCAGCUUGUGUUUAUACCAUACUUCAAGUGAUAGGCUUAAAGCCUACCAAUCUUGUCUUCUCUCUGGUAGCAGCUUUUGUUCCAAGCCUUUAUAUUGUCUUCAUGUUCUACAUUCUCCUUAUGUUCCUCAUUCCUAUCAUGGGCAGAUCAGAAAUGGCUAAUAGCCCUGAUCUAUUGAUAGGUGUGAUUUCAUCAGGACCAGUCUUGAUUUGUCUACCUUAUCAGAUUGGCUUUGUUUAUACCCAUAGUAAGGUUGGCCGUGUGAUCUCAACCUCUGCAGUUGUCUUUGGUCUGGCAUUAACUUGUAUCCUUAUAACACCUGCUGGAUUCCCUUAUUCAGCCAAUCCCAAUGAUGCAUCUGUUCAAAGAGGAUUUUUAUUGCAUAUUGAUCGGCAAUUCCAUACAACCAAUAGUCAACUUAUUCAUAAAGAUGCUUACGUUUGGUACAAGCCAGUAGACUACCUUGGUGGGGAGGUGUUGAUGCAAUAUGCCCCAUGGCUGAUAGAGAAUGCAAAAAAGGCAACAUGUGAUGGAGUUUACUGUGGUCGCCCAUAUCUCUUCCCAGUUUUGCCCCAUGUUGAUGCAAGAAAGACUUAUGAUUUCCCAGCACCCAAAUUAAAUUUCACCAGAGUAAAAGUUGAGUUGUUAGACAGAAUUCAUCUGAAUGAUUCCAUGGUCAGACUGGUAUUAUCAAUGUCAGGCCCCAGCCAUGUGACAGUUUUCAUUUCGGAACUUCAGAAGGCUAAAAUAAUUAAAUGGGAUUUCGGCAGCAAUGUUCCAGUUGAAGCCGUCACUUUGCCCUUCAUGAGACACACCACGACCUACUUUAUUUAUUACUCACAUGCUGGUCCUGCCAAUACCACUUGGAACUUCUCUAUGGAUAUUUAUCUGGAAUGUAACAAGACUGUCUCUCAAAGUCUCCUCAGAAUGGGUUUUGCUGGACAUCAUUUACAUGGACCAAAUCAGUUGACACCUGUACUGCUAUUACUGGAGCAAGAACUUCCUCCUUGGAUGGUGAUGAUGCGUUGGUGUGCAACAUAUGAUGAAUUCAUUUUUUAAUGUUUACUUUUUUCAUGCAAAACAAAAAUAAGUUUUCCAGUUGCAAAUCAAAAGUGGUAAUGACCCUGAUUUGAUUCAAAAGUCUACCAAAUGAUAUUUUAAUUUUUACAAAAUGUUUUUUUUUUUAGUAAUAUUAUUGAAAUCUAAAUAAAAAAUACCUAGCCAUGAUUGUUAAUUAAAUUCUGCAUCAAAAAUUUAUUUUAAAAUGAUUAAGAAAGCUUUUUCAAAGACUAAAAAAUAAAAAUCGGGCAACAUUUUACUGUAAUUAGAUAAUUGUUUAAUAUCAACUUUGUAAGUGCCAAAUUAUUUUUGUGGGUCAAUGUGGUUAUCAAUUUGUAAAACGUUUGAAGGUUUGUUUAUCAAUUACAAUAUAACCUGGAACUAAAAAAAAAGUAUUUUAAAAUAGUGAUAACUAUGUAACCUGGAAAAAUAUAAUUACUAAUUGGUAAUCAGUCCUUCAAUGUUUUUAGAAGACACAUACUGAUAAUGAAAGUAUCCAAAGUAAUUGUUCUAGAUUUUGUGAGUUAGAGAGCUUGGUUGAAUUCACUGUUAUUUCUGAGUUUUUGUUGUCUUCAUUAUGUUGUUUUUGUUGGUGAUGGUAAAGGGUAAUUGUUAUUUCUAUUGCACAAUAUAAAGCAAUAACUUUGCUCAUUGCUAAAAAUGUUAUGAAGGUUUCCUAACCUUCCUUGUACCACAUGUAAUCAAAUGCUGAGAGUUAAACUUUCAUUUGAUUUAAUUAUAUCAACUAUUCAGCAAUUUAUAGUUUUAAUUUUUAUUGAUAAUAAAGAAUUUUUUCCCCUGGUAUUAUAUUUUUAACAACAAUUUUUUAAAACUACAACUGUAAAUCUCAACAAAAAAAAAUCUUGUAGAACAGUAAUCAUUCAUAUCACCUAGUAAACAUUUCAUUAGAUUAUUAUUUUGGAAUCUAUCAAAAUCUAAUUCACAUAUUUAUCUCUCUACUUCUUCUUAAAUGCUUUAUUUUUGUUUAUUGCAAACAAAUAUUUGUAAAAGGUUUACAUUUCAUUGCAGUAUUAAGGAGGCUAAUCCACUCAUAUAGAAUCAAAAUGAAACUGAACUGAGUUUGUUAUUAUUUUUUAAAAUAUUUUCCACUGAACCACAUAGUCUUGAUUGCAAUGCAUUAAAAAAAAAACUCUGACUAAAGCACAAAGCUCUGACCAUGCUAUAUCAAUAUUUAUAUUUCUUUACAUUUAAAGUCAUAUUUAUAUUUUUAGCAUUUUAGUAUUGUUUUUAAAUAUCAUUUUAAAAUCUCUUGUCUGUGAUUAUAUUUAAUACAUUUGACAAAUUUUCUUUUCAUCCUUUUUUUUAAAUUAUUAAUUCAAAAUGUACUAUUGAGAAUUUUGUGUUAAAUACUGUUCUUUAGAAAUUUACAUAAAAUAAUUUUUAUAAAAAUCAAACAGCCUUUCAUUUUGUUCAGCUUCACCACAUUUUACUUUUUUAUCCUCAUGUUUUGUUGAUGACAAAUUCAUACAUUCCAAUUACAAAUUUCAGAAGUUUUUUUUUAAAUUUUUUUUUAUUAUCCAUUGACAAGCAAUGUAAUGCACAUUAUUUAGUCUAUUUAUUGAACAUGCAUAUUUAUUACUAACGGGUCUCAUUUCAUUUUAUAUAAAGUUUACUUCAGAGUCAUCUGAGAUUGAUCCAGGAUCAUUUUUCCAUUUCACUAAGACCAGUGUUAUGAAUACCUUCAGUAUUAUAUUUUCACCUUGGACUAAAUUAAAUUAUUAGCUACCAGUAACAAUUGUAUUCCAAUUACUGCAUAUUAGUCUUUAUAAGGAGUCCAUCAUUUCUUAAUUAUUUUUUUUAUAAGAUCUUUGUCAGGAAGAAAAAAAAACAUCUGCUUCUUAAAAUACAUUAAAACUUGUUAAAAUAUUUAAAAAAAACUGAUUUUCAUCUUUACUAAUUCAUUUAAUCCUUUUUAGUUAUGAAAUAUGAUUACAUUUUUUGAGAAGAACAUUAAAAACAAAAUUUCUUAAACAGGUUAGAAUCUAAUUAGGAUUAAAGUUAGUCUUGCUUGAAUGACAUUUAUUGACAAAGUGGUUACUCUCUAAGAAUGUUCACUUCCCAUUUGCUUUUGUUGUCAUACAUGUGCACUACACAACUUUGUACCAUUGUUCUUAAUUCUGGUUUGUUCAUCUUGUCAGCUGUCUCACUGCCAGUCUGUUUUUCUUUUUUUUUUUUUCUUUACUUUGAGUUGUCUAGUUUAUAAGCAUAUUUUUUAUUGUUUAAUUAUGAUAUUUCUCUAUGUCUGCUAUUUCAUUUUGAAUUUAGGCUGGGAGUGAAGCAUUAUCUCUUCUUAUACAAUUUGUCAAUGUGCCAUCUACACUAUGUAAACAGUUAGUUUGUAUAAGUUAGAACCGUUGAAAAGCAUAUUUUUUAUAUCACUUCUCUUAGUUGACAAUGUAGCAUUAAACAUUUUAAAUUAUAAACAGAGCAGAACUAAACUGACUUUAUGUUUUUAAUUGUUUAAAUAUUGUAUAGCUCUUCACUAUGACAAUUAGCGAUGUUGAAAACUGCCACAAUAUUAAAUAUGUUGCUAGUCUACUUUGUCUUCAUUUUAUUGCCAUUAAGUUUUUUUGUUUCUUGAUUUGUGAACUUGUUUUAAGUAAUCAUAAACUUUUUUAGGCUAUUGCCAAAAUAGAAAACUUUUAAUUUAAUUUUUUUUUUAGAGAAACAGCAUUACUGGUAUGUAAUUACCAGUAUUUAAAGCUUUUUUUCACCCUCGUAUAUUUAUCAUAUUAACAUAAUGCUAGUCUUGUUGUAUAUUAUUUCAUAAUUAACAUUGUAUUAAUCUUGAUCUCUUACAUAUUAUGUUAAUCAACUAAAUUGUAAUAUCAAAGAGUUUUGACUUUAUCAAUGUUAAUAUUGUUGCUUAACUCAAAUUGCUGAAAAUGUUUUCCAAUAAAUUUAUCUUCCAGUUAUGAUUUCUUUCAUUUGUCUGUUUUCUUGACUAUCUACUGAUUAGCCUAGCAAUAGAUAAGUAUUCUGAUUACCAUGCAAGCUAGGAAUCACUCAUUGAGUUCUCUCUCAGAACAUUCUUGUUUAUGCCUAACAAUCAAAUUAAUUCUGUUUAUUUGUGGCCUCUGGGGUUUAGAAAUACUGUGAAGUUUUCCUAGGUACUUUAUUGUCAAAUAUAUUUUGCUUUCUCUUUGAGUCUUAGCUUAUCUUUUUCUUCACUAAAAAAAAAAAAGUUUUUAUGACAAAUGCAAACAAUAUGAUGAAAUAAAAUCCUAUAAAAUGUA